AGGCCGCGCAAAGCGUGGCGUCGCAACUCGGAGCGUGGUUCACUCCGGUUCAGUGCGGCGAAGUUGGCCGAUAAGCGUGGUUGUGCGUGUCCGCGAGUUUAGGCAAGUUGGGGAGGUCCAGAACGUUCGACGGAGGACGCAUAGAGAAUCGCCGCCGCGUGCGUAAAGUCCACGUCCCCCAUUGAAUCCGGUGCAUCCCGGCACCGCUCACCAAGAUUCUGCGACACACACUCGGCGCGAUCAGGAGGAUGACGACGGUGGUCAACAAGGAGGAGGCGCGGAAGCGCCUGACGCCGCUGCAAUGGCAUGUGACGCAGGAGAAGGGCACGGAGAGGCCGUUUACCGGUUGCUACAACAAGUUCUACGAGAAGGGGACGUACACCUGCAUCGUGUGCGAGCAGGAAUUGUUCUCCUCGGACACCAAGUACGACAGCGGAUGCGGCUGGCCUGCGUUCAACGAGGUUCUGGAUCAGGGACGCGUCAAACUGACCAAAGACACCACUCACGUCGGCGGCAAUCUACUACUGCUGAUCGCAAACCCAGAUAUGGUGCGGACCGAGGUGACCUGCUCGAAGUGCGACGCUCACCUAGGGCAUGUGUUCAACGACGGGCCGAAGCCUACGAGGAAGCGCUUCUGCAUCAAUUCCGCUUCCAUAAGUUUCCAUCCAGCGGGAGAGGAGAAGAAGUCUACGUAAAACCAGCCCUUUGUGCGCUUAUUACAUUCUACUAUUCAAUAUUUAUAUAACGAGACCCGCGAACAGAAUUAUAUUAUCUCGUGAUAUAAAUAUUAAAACACUAUGAUGAUGAUUAUCAAGAUACCAAAAUAGACUGUAAAGUGAGCUUGUUAUUAUUACAGAAUAUUUAAUAUUUUAUCUUCUGACGAUGCGCUAUUGGCAAACGCGUUUCCACAUUAAACUUAUUAUUUAUUAAACAUUCUAUCGUAACUUUUAAUUGUAUGUGAUUUUCAUAAUAUAUUCGCAAAUUCUCCUUUCUAUGUUGAAGCUUCUGUACGCAAGUUAAGAAAUUUAUGCUAUUAAUGUGAAAACAGAAUGUUUCCGACCAACUUUUCACUUGUCACGAGAAGCUAACUCCAUGUUAUCAAGUCUCUUGAAUCUCAUUGUAUACCGUCUACUUUCGAUAUUACAAAUGUACAUAUCCGUAUCAAAUGACAAAGAAUAGCACCCACGCGGGACGUAUGUACACCACGCGAUGUGAGAAAACGUGAUACUGGAUAGAUGAUAGAAAUGUCUAACCAAGAGAUAUUAUUUUUUCAAUAAACGCCAUAUGUAAAUACCUCCACCUAUAUUCUAACUUAAUAUAUUAAAUGAGAAAUAAAAUGUGGUACAGUCAAUAAUUUCUCAUUCCUCGCAGUACCGUUAAGCAGGGCAGAAUGUUUUGUAUGAAGAAGAAAACACGUUUGUUAUAAAAUGUUUCCUUAUAUUGUAACGUUUCAAAACAAACUGAAAGGUGUUAUAAUACAAUAUAUACGCAAAA